GUGUGACGUCAUCGGAAGGGGCGGGGCAUCUGGCACCUACACCGGAAGAGAAGCAGAGAACGUGUACUGUAGACUGGAGAGAGUAAUUACUUUGGCAGCACUGUAAGGUUAGGAUGGGUCGCUCCUCCAAAGAUAAGCGGGACAUUUACUACCGUCUGGCCAAAGAGGAGGGUUGGAGAGCAAGGAGCGCUUUCAAACUGCUGCAGCUUGACCACGAGUUCAACUUGUUCACAGGUGUGAACAGAGCGGUGGAUCUGUGUGCAGCCCCUGGCAGCUGGAGUCAGGUCCUCAGUCAGAAACUCAGGGGGCGGGAGGUGAAAGGUGAGAAACGUGAGGGGGUUGAGGAGCCAAAGAUUGUGGCAGUGGACCUGCAAGCCAUGGCUCCUCUGCCAGGAGUCAUGCAGAUUCAGGGGGACAUCACCAAGGUUUCAACAGCUCAGGAGAUAAUUCGUCACUUUGAGGGGGAGCCGGCUGACCUGGUGGUGUGUGAUGGAGCUCCAGACGUAACUGGGCUGCAUGAUGUAGACGAGUACAUCCAAGCUCAACUCCUAUUGGCUGCUUUGAACAUUACAACUCAUGUCCUAAAACCCAAAGGAAUGUUUGUGGCCAAGAUCUUUCGAGGUAAAGAUGUGACUCUGCUGUACUCCCAGCUGAAGAUCUUCUUCAGAAGUGUGACCUGUGCCAAGCCUUGCAGUAGUAGAAACUCCAGUAUUGAGGCCUUUGUGGUGUGUCAGGACUACUCUCCUCCUGAGGGCUACAUCCCCAACAUGUCCAACCCCCUGCUGGGUCACUGCUAUGAUGUGGAUUUUAACCAGCUGGAGGGCCCAAACCGCGUCAUUGUUCCCUUCAUGGCAUGCGGUGAUAUCAGCGCCUUUGACUCUGACAGAACGUACCCCCUGCAGCUUGAUGUGGAUAAGCAGUACCAGUACACUCCCCCUACUCAGCCACCUUUACGGCCGCCCUACGAGCAGGCCUGCCACCUCCGUAAAAACAACCUGCUGUCAAGAGAAGAGGCUCCAUCUGUCUGUCCCGAACAGAGUGAAAAAGAACCCCAACCAUCAGUUGAGUCCGCUUAGAAAUGACAGGUGCCAUGUAGAAUAGAAAAUACAGACUAAAGUUGAAGGUGGAAUUGUUACGAGAUGAAGGCUGAGUGCGCCCAUUGCUAGGAUAGUUUCAGGGUACGUUUAGCAUGUCCUGGUCCAUGCUGCUCUGUAUUAAUGGAUGUUUUCAAAGCAAAGGGGGAUGUUUUUAUUAGUUUGACUGAUUUUAUAUAAUGUUAUAUAAUGUAUGUUAUAAUGUGGAACUGUACAAAUUUUGCAAUUGAGAAAUAAAAUUUGUUUUGAAGAAGCAAAUCAAA